AUGGCAAAGAGGAGGUCAUGGUUAGGUUGGAUAAAAAGACUAUUCAUCUGCGAGGCCAAAGCAAAAGCAGAGAAGAAGUCGAGGAGAUUGAGAUGGGUAUUUAGAAGACUUAAACUGAGACAUCAGAUUUCAACUAGGGUGCAAGAGACAAGGACUUUAAACCAAGCAACAGAGGAUCAGAGAAAACAUGCCAUGAAUGUAGCCAUUGCCACAGCAGCAGCAGCUGAGGCAGCGGUUGCAGCGGCCAAGGCAGCUGCUGAGGUUGUCCGGAUGGCGGGAAACGCCUUCACAUCGUACCAUUUUGUCAAGAAACAUGAUCUCAGUGAAGCUGCUAUCAAGAUUCAGAGUGCCUUCAGGGCUUAUCUGGCGAGGAAAGCGUUGCGUGCACUGAAGGCGCUUGUAAGGCUUCAAGCAAUAGUUCGUGGCCGAGCUGUUAGGCGAAAGGUUUCUUCGUUGGUGAAGUCUACACCUUCCAACAAAGCUUCAACAUCAAGCCUCAUUAAUAGAAACACAGAAGGAAAACAUUGGUCCAAGACCAAAGAAGAACUCAAAGUAGAGUGCAAUCGUCAGAAUGGUUGGGACAGUAGCGCUCUCACAAAGGAAGACAUCAAUGCCAUAUGGUUGAGAAAGCAAGAAGGUGUGGUCAAGCGUGAGCGUAUGUUGAAAUACUCCCGGUCACAUCGGGAGAGAAGAAGUCCUCACAUGCUUCUUGAGUCAUUACACACAAAGGAGAUGGGAAUGAGAAGUUGUAGACUGGAACAUUGGGGUGAAUCCAAGUCUCUCAUUCCAAACGAGAUCCUUGUCCCAACGAAAGUGAGGCUAAGAACGUUGCAGAGACAAGACUCUAGUGAUGGACAAGACUCUCUAUUUUCUUUCCCAAGGAGAUCUUUUAGCCGUCUUGAGCAGAGUCUAUUGGAGGAUGAGAGCUGGUACCAAAGCUUCCCGCCUUAUAUGAGCGUGACAAAGUCAGCAAAGGAGAAGUUUAGAUCACUGAGCACACCAAGGCAACGCAUAGGGGUGAUGGAUUCUUGUCAGGAUAACAAUAAGAAGGAUGGGGAGAAAGUAUCUCUCUGGUCUUCCUUUGUCAGUGAAACUAGUAAGAUGAGCAGCUCUAAGAAGUCUUCUCUGGCAUCAUGA